CCUCUCAGCCCACGUAUUGCACGCCAAUAUACAAUUGCAGCGGCUCUCCAUUAGUGGUAGUCGCAAGUUCCACUAAAGAACGGGAAUUUCCCGUCUCAUCGGAAAGCGUGGAGCGGUAGUACCUAGGUGCACCCCCCCGCCUUGCCCACUACACAACCUCAUCUAUUUUCGUGGGUCGUAAUGAGGACUGUAUCUCAAGCAGAUUUUCUGCUCCCGAAAUACUGACCAUUGCCAUAUCUGAAAUUGUUCCUCUGUGCCAUAACCGCUACAAGCAGGAGCUUGUUAUGCGGCGGGAUGGAGGCACUCGGUGCUGCUUCUAGUGUCAUUGCGGUGAUACAAAUCGCAGGAGGCAUCAUCGAUAUAUGUGGAGGAUGCAUUAACACUAUGAGAAAUGCCAAAAAGGACAUCAACGACCUUCAAAAAGCAGUCAAAGAUUGCCACGCUGUGCUUCAAAGGCUUGCGCACAUCGCGUAUGGCCCAAACAGCCAGAAGCUCCUGGCCACACAGGAGCUGGUUUCUUCGAUUUCUGACUGUCGCUACGACCUCGAAGCAUUGGAGGCAAAACUUGCCUAUGGGGGAAGCGACGACAGAAAGAAGGCAAAUCGUAUGAGACAAUUCUGGUUCCGGACGAUAAAAUGGCCCUUAACAAAGAGAGAUGUGGAAAACGCUAUCAAUACUAUUGAGAGGCAUAAGCGGCUCUUCAUUCUGGCUCUACAGGUUGACCAAACGGCCUUGACGGAUCAUAUAGACCAGAAGACAGAUUUGGCCACAUUGCCGAUCGCCGAUGGAGCGGCUUUUGAUUCAUAUUCAGAUCAGUAUCAAGAGGAAUUCCUGCUAGACACGUCAGGAGGAAGCCUAUGGCUUCCUCCAGAGUACCGUUGGAAACGAUACCUUAGUUCUGGGUCACGCAUCCGGCAGUAUCUCAUUUAUGGAAUUUACGACAAAGUAACCAUCACAGCAUGCUAACUCAUGAAAUCUACAGUCAUUUCCGUCGCGAGAGCGCCAGAGAAGCGAGUUCUUCGGAAAUGGAUUAAUUCACGCUCGCCAAAAACGACAAACUUCCAAACAAACUCCGACAGCAGCAUUUUCCAGAAAGCUCUAUCAAAUACUCUCGGACUCAGUAAAUGAAAUGAAAUUGCCUUGAGAUAUCGUUGUCUCAGAUAGAAUAUAUCGUAAGCAUUAGAAGCAGAC